CCAUGGAGGACACGUCCGCGGAGGAGCCGGCGCCCAGCAAAGCCACCCUGGGCUCGCCCCGGCCUCACGAGGCUCCCGCCACCUUUGUCAGCCUGGAGGAGCAGGAGCCCGCGGCCUGCAGCGCCGGGGAGCUGAUCCUGCAGGAGGCCAGGGCGGCGUGCGGGCGCCGCGGGCCGGGCGCGUGGCUGCGCCGCCUGCUCCCGGUGCUGGUGUGGCUGCCCCGCUACAGCCCCCGCACCCAGCUGCUGGGGGACGUGGUCUCGGGGCUCCUGGUGGGCGUGGUGGCCAUCCCCCAGUCCAUCUCCUACUCGCUGCUGGCCAACCAGGACCCCAUCUACGGCAUCUACACCAACUUCUUCUGCAACAUCAUCUACGCGGCCGCGGCCACGUCGCGCCACGCCAGCGUGGGCUCCUUUGGGGUGCUGUGCCUGAUGGUGGGGCAGUCGGUGACGCGCCAGCUGCAGCUGGCGGGCUACGGGGACAGCAGCGCUGCCCUCGGGGACAACUCCAGCUCCCCCAGGAACGGGACGGAGCUCUGUGACAGGAGCUGCUACGCCAUCACCGUGGCCCUGUCCUUGAGCUUUCUGGUGGGCCUUUACCAGAUCCUGCUGGGGGUUUUCCAGAUGGGCUUCGUGGCUGUCUACCUGUCAGAGCCUCUGCUGGGUGGCUUCGUGGCUGGCUCCAGCCUCACCAUCAUCACCUCCCAGAUGAAAUAUCUGCUGGGCCUGAAAAUCCCCCGGCACGAGGGGGUGGGCUCCUUCAUCCUCACCUGGGUGGACCUUUUCAGGCACAUCCACAACACCAACAUCUGCGACCUGCUCACCAGCCUGGUGGCUUUGGCCAUCAUAGUGCCCGUCAAGGAGCUCAACGAGCGCUACAAGGGGAGGAUGAAGGCCCCGUUCCCCAUCGAGCUGCUGGUGGUCAUCGUGGCCACGCUCGUCUCCCACUACUUUGACUUCGAGCAGCGCUACAAGGCCGCCGUGUGUGGGGACAUCCCCACGGGCUUCAGGAAACCCACCGUGCCAGACAUCAGCCUGUUUCCCAGCCUGGCCCUGGAUGCUCUGCCCAUCGCUGUCAUUGGCUUUGCCAUGACCGUGUCCCUGGCAGAAAUCUUUGGCAAAAAGCACGGCUACGCCGUCAGCGCCAACCAGGAGAUGAUCGCCAUUGGCAUGUGCAACCUCAUCCCUUCCUUCUUCUACUGCUUUGCCAGCUCUGCUGCCCUGACCAAGACUCUGCUGAAGGAGUCCACGGGGAGCCAGACGCAGGUGUCCGGGCUGGUCACCUCGCUGGUGCUGCUGCUGGUGCUGCUGUGGAUCUCCCCGCUCUUCUACUCGCUGCAGACCUCCAUCCUGGGGGUGGUCACCAUCGUCAACCUGCGGGGCGGCCUCAGGAAGUUCCGUGACACGCCCAGGAUGUGGCAGCUCAGCAAGCUGGACACGGCGGUGUGGUGGACAACCAUGCUGUGCUCCACGCUGGUCACCACGGAGAUCGGGCUCCUGGUGGGCGUUUGCUUCGCCCUGCUCUGCAUCAUCUUCCGCACGCAGCGACCCCGGGCCACGCUGCUGGGCAAGGUCAGCAACAGGGAGAUCUACGAGGACCAGGCCGCCUACAAACAGCUCAGCAGCAUCGCCAACGUCAAGAUCUUCCGCUUCGAGUGCUCCCUCUACUACGCCAACAAGGAUUAUUUCAAGGCUGUGCUGUACCAGAAAACCGGGGUCAACCCCGUGCUGCUGGCUGCCAGCCACCCCCAGCCCGGGGCCCAGGCAAGCCCAGAGCCAGGCAGGAGCUGCUGGGCCCCCGAUUUUGGCUGCCUGAAACAGGCCAGGAGAAGGGCUGAGAAGCCUCCAGGAGAUGCCUGUCCCCCCUCCACAGAUAUGCACACCCUGAUCCUGGACUGUGGGGCCAUGCAGUUCAUAGACACCGUGGGUCUCUCUGUGCUCAAGGAGACGCACCACGACUACAAGGAGGUUGGUGUCCAGGUGCUCCUGGCCAACUGCAACCCCUCCAUCCGCCAGCGGCUGCGGGAGGGAGGCUGGGCUGGCCAGGCAGGCAGCGCUGGGGGCCAGCUGGCCUUCCACAGCAUCCACGACGCCGUGCAGUUUGCCGAGCGCUGGCACCGCGGGCAGGGCAAGGACAAACAGGCUCCGGAGCCCGAGGAACAGAACUUCCAGGUGGCUUUGUAG